UAUGUAUGAUGUGUAUAGUCGCAAUGCUCUGGAUUUGAUACGGGACAAAAACUGCGGACUCCUAAUUUCGCAUCAAUGCAGCUCCACAUGUGGAAUUCACAUAGCUAGCUAGCUAAUCACGUUUGUUCCAUAAAGCCUACACUCGCUAUAUUUAUGCAAUAAGCCCCAAUGGGGUGUGGUAGAUGGACAAUAUACUUUCUUACGCAUCACGCAACGCGGAGUGCCUGGAUACAGCCCUUAGCCGUGGAAUAUUGGUCAAGUACAACAAACUACCGAGGUGAAGGGUAUCCCCGGAGGAUGAAGACAAGUCAGAAAACAGAUGACCGCGACACAGGAGCUAACCUGACAUCACCUGUGAUGGCUGCAUUCAAAGUGUUCCAGCAGGAGCUAGACACCAAACAUGACAAGCAUGAGCGCCUGGUCAAACUCAGCAGAGACAUCACCAUUGAAAGCAAGAGGACAAUAUUUCUACUGCACAGAGUCACCAGUGUCCCAGAUGUGGAGGAGGUCCUCACAGAAGCUGAUCUGAAGCUGGAUGGAGUGAGACUGAACAUCAGAAUGAUUGCUGAGGAGCUCAGAGGAGAGGACCUGCACCAGUUCCAUAGAGCCUUCACACCAGGUAUCCAGGAGUACGUGGAGGCUGUGUCGUUCCAUCACUUCAUCAGACAUCGUACUCUCAUCAGCCUGGAGGAGAUUAACACCAAGCUGGUCUUCGUCAAGGAGCCUGAGGACACCCCAGAGAGCCAGCAGCCAAUGGGAACCCCCCAAGUGCUGACCUUUCAGGUGACCCCUACAGACUACCUGUUGGGCGUGGCCGACCUGACAGGUGAGCUGAUGAGGAUGUGUAUCAGUAGCGUGGGGAACGGGGACAUGGACACGCCCUUCCAGGUGUCCAUGUUCCUGCGUCAGAUCCACGAUGGUUUCUCCUACAUCGGUAACACUGGUCCGUAUGAGGUCAGUAAGAAGCUCCACACGCUGAGACAGAGCCUGUCCAAGGUGGAGGAUGCCUGCUAUACCCUGAAGGUGCGGGGGUCAGAGAUCCCCAAACACAUGCUGGCUGACGUCUUCUCCAGCAGGACAGCCAUGAUGGACCAGGACGAAGGAAUGGCCUAGCGAUGGGGGUGGGGUUUAAUGGUGGAGGUGGGGUGUAAUGAUCUGGAAAGGGGUAGGGUUAAAUGAUGGGCGUGGUCUGUACCUAGGGGAAACUUCACCCCGAGCCCUGUUACGCAGUCAGGGUCAUGUUCAGUAGGCAAAAUGUUGUGGAACUUUGCAGAUAGAAAUCUAUAAAGAUGUGAUGAUUCCUUUUUCUGGAUGUUCAAGAGGCAUGUUUGUUCUACAAAGUACAUUUCUAUCUGAAAGUUCCACAACGUUAUACCCUGGUUUGUUAUUGUUCUGUGGUGACAUCUGAUGUUGGUCUGGAUAAUGCGUUUGUUAUGGUAUUUGGUGUCAACUGUUGUUUCAUUCCAAACAUUGUUCAUUGCUGUUUGUUCUGAAUCGGAUCAGUGUCGUCACAAUCUCUGCUGUGCCAAACGGUCAAUCCCAAUCUGAAGGUCGUUAAGUUAUAGCAUGUAAAAUGUCACUCUUAAUUUAGUAUUUUUCAAUAAAGUUCAAAAUGUGUUGUGAUGAUGACACUCUCAGGCA